GGAGAAUAAACCAGCAUUAAACUGUUUCCGGUUUACUAAGUAACACAGUGAAAUCUGAUAAAUAUGGAGAAACAAAACUCUGGAAAGGAAAGACUCAUAGUUCCUACCGAUUUCACUUCACCAGCACUUUCAAGGAAUACUGAGUGGGAUCUUGUUCCCCCGUCGCACUUUGCAGCGAGUUCCCAGCAGACUGGUGCAGCACAGUCCUGGAUAAACCCAGUCACACCAGGUCCUGGUCCAACCACUGCAGGACUCAAUAUCAGAUCUGCAGGGAGGAGUGAGCGGUGGCCCAGAUGUGAGGCGGAGUGGCCCCUCGAGGCCGAGAAGCACAAAGCUGAAGCCCAGAGGUUAAAGGGGCAGGUGGAGGCCCUGAAGGAGACGGCAGAGAGGUACCGGGAGGAAUUGAAAGGCAGAGACAUCACGCUGAUCAGACAGAACCACAAGGUGGAAGUGAUGCGUGAAGAAAUGUCAAAGACCAAGGCUGAACUCAGGCAAAUCGGAGAGGAGCUCAAUCUCAGUAGCGCACAGUCGCAGGAAAUAAACUCCCAGCUUGAAACAUUGAGAGCAGAGUCUGAUGAGGAAAUAAUAAGGCUGAGAGGAGAUGUAGAGAGGGCCAGAGUGGAGUAUAGAGAGCUUGCUCUUAAGGCUGAUUUGAGCAGGAUUCAGGCUGAAGAAGAGGCCAAAAGGCAGGCUGUCGCACUGCUGCAACAAACGGAGGACAUGAAAAUGAAACAGGAGGUGCAGCUGCAACAGUUGAAUGCCUCCCAUUGUGCAGAAUUGAGCGUGGCGAGAAAAACAAACGGUGAAUUACAGGACCGCCUUCAAUCAAUGGCCUCACAAGUGCUGCAGCUAAAAAGCACUUUGACUGAGGUAUCUACUGAGCGAGAUGGGCUGAAAGAACAUUUAAGUCAAAUGAGACAAGCCUUUGAGACACAGUCUACGACACUGCUCAGCCUCAGAAAUUACAUCGGCCAGCUUGCCCCGGAGAAAGGAGAGAAGGAACAAUUAAAUGAAGCGCUUGAGAAGCUGAACAAAGAGAAAGCAGCUCUUCAGACGACAGCAGAGCUUUUGACAGUAAGACUUAACUCUGUGAACGAGAUACUUGCUCUCCAAGAAGAGAAAAUAAUAAAGAGGACCUCCACCGAUCCUCUUCGGAAGAAUAGCUCUGAGGGCCUUCAAGUGCUUCAGCUGUAGGAAAAAGUGUUCAAGUUAUGCGUCCAGCUUCGCUCAAAGGACAUAGAGAUAAGAAGAGAGAAGGACAGACUCCUUUCAGACGUGAGAUCCAUGGAGCAGCAGCUCCAGCAGGAGCAGCACGCUGGCAGUGUGCUCCGACACAGCCUGCAGGACCGGAUGGCUGAGCUGGACCUGGAGAGAGUAGAGAAGGAGACGGUGAAGCAGAACUUGGCCAAAGUCCAUAAAGAAAAGGCCGAGCUGAAGAUGCAGAGCCAGAAAGCGGAGGCUGAUAUAAAAACCUUGACGGAAAGUCUGCAGAGGUUCAGUCAGGAAUUUUACAGCAAGGUGGCACAAGUGGGUGCAGCCAAAGCAAAACUCAACACUUUUACCCAAAGGCUUUCUUUUGCCAACAGAAGAGUGGAGACGAUCCAAGGUCUGGUCAUGAGGAAAGCAGCGCUGCAGAAAAUUGAGCAGGCCUGCCGACCGUCAGAAGAUGAUGGAGACAGCACGAGCCUCCAAACGGAGCACAGUUUAGUGUGUGAAGAGAGAGACAGGCUCACCCAGGAGCUCAAACGAACCCCGGAGCUCAUCGAGAAGGCUCUGGCUGAUCUGAAGGAGCAAUAUGAGAGUAAAGUUCGGCAGCAGCAGCAGGAGCUGGAGCAGAGAUGCACGGAGGCGAAGGCGGCCGGAAGUGACAGAGAGGAGGCGGAGCAGACUCUGCAGCAGGUCCGGGCCCAGCUGGAGGAGAGCAGCGGCGGCCUGGAGGCGCUCCGCCACGACCUGCUCCGCCAGCAAGAGCUCAGCGAGCAGGUCUUACGGGAACGAGUCUCUGAGAUUGAGGAACGAUGCGCAGAGAAACUGAGAGAGCUGGAAGGCCAGGUGAAGGCUGCGAGGAGGGAACACACCAAAGCAGUUAUGACUUUACAGCAGUUUCAGAGAGACGCAGCCCGGAAAGAAGAUGAGGAGAAAGAGUCUCAACGUUUGAGCGACAACACAAACCUGGAUGCUUUCAGAGAUCACCUGACAGGGACUGAGAGAGAUAAAGACAUCCCAGGUGACAUAACGGCUCCACCAAACCCUGCUGCUCCCAGGAUUCAACAAGAGCCUUCACAGAGCCGGCGCCCUGCAGAAGCAGAAGUCCAUCUCUCUGCAGAGAGGCUGCGGCGUGUUCUAGAUGAGCUACACCCACUCGGCGCCUCGGUGGUGAACAGCUCUGAGGAAUCUGCAGAGGAAGAAGGAGAGAGGGAUGGCGUGAGACCAGCCGCGGUAGCUGAUGCCUGAAGAAGAGUCACAGACGUAAGCCCAAAAGUGGGACGUGCCAGAUGUCAGAGAACCACGCAGAUGUGCGCCGGGAGUAAUGGCUUGCUGGCCUCAGCACUGGAAAGACACUUUUUACAGAAGUAAACGUUAGAUUCUGUCCAAACAUAACCUGCAUCUCUCUUAAGGACUACCAGACUUGAACAUAUGUUGAUACUGAAACAGACUUUUAAACUAUUGUUUUAAAUAAAAUUG